AUGACUCCGACCAAAGAAGAACUCCUCCAACUUGGUGAAGCCGACCCAGAUCUCGCUAAAGCUCUCCAGGAGCACCCUCUGCCGAUAGACAACUCUAGCCUCGAGGCGAGAAAGGCCAUGGCAGCCACUUUGGUCGAGGCGCUGCGAGUACAGCUUGGAGAACCUGGACCUGGGAUCAAGAAAACCGAGGUGCCAUACCAAUCGUCAGACGGCACCGUCAUGCGGGCAAUGCUUUUCCAACCUGACCCGCUCCCCAAAGAUGGCGCACCCGUAGCGAUGCUCAUCCACGGCGGCGGGUUCGCUGUCGGCGCGCCCGAGACCGAGGAGAUGAAUGCCCGUCAGCUGGUCAGGGAAUUUGGUUUCAUCUGCUACACCAUCUCCUACCGGCUGGCACCGGCUCACAAGUUCCCGUCAGCGCCCGAGGAUGCCUGGGCUGCACUACAAUCUGUGGCUGCGAACGCGAAGACGUGGGGUGGCGAUCUGUCCCUGGGCUUCAUCGUCGGAGGCACGUCUGCCGGUGCCAACCUGGCGGCAGGACUGGCUCACAGGGCGAGGGACAAGAAGCUGAGCCCGCCGCUGACAGGACAGUGGCUCGCCUGCCCUUGGCUGUGCUAUGACGGCGGGCUGCCCGAGCCAUAUGCCGGCCUCGGCUGCUCCUAUGAACAGAAUGCGUUUGCGCCUUGUCUGAGCAUGGGCUCUGUGGAGAUGUACAUGGAGGCCCUGCAGCCUGAUCUCAAGGAUGGCCGCUUCAACGUUUUUGGUUCCCCCGAGGGCCAUGAUGGUCUGCCGCCUUUGUACAUUCAGAUCUCCGGCAUGGAUCCAUUGCGGGAUGAGGCGAUCUUCUACGAAGAAGAGCUGAGGGUCAAGUGUGGAGUGAAGACGAGGAGGACUAUCUACCCCGGUGUGCCACAUGUGUUUUGGGCCUUGUUCCCGGCUCUUACUGCUCACGCUCGAAGAUUUCAAGAAGAUAUGAAGGCGGGCUUUGAAUGGCUGCUGAAGGAAAGCCGAACGAAGUAGCCUUGAGACUAGUACAUUCUCUAGGAUUCACUUUUUGAUCAGAUGAU